GUUUAAAGAGCAGAGUGGCAGCUACUGCAUACACCAACAUGCCUAGAAGGACAAAAGCAGCAACACUCAUUUCUCUGGAUAUGGUUACUGACUGCAAUAGGAGCUACCAGGUCUAGAGCCCAGCAUGGACAAAGCAGCUGAACUCAUGUGGCAGCUGGAGAAGUCACCUGACACUGCAGGACAGCAGGAGCAGAGCCCUGAUGAUGGAGACCCAGCAGAAGGGCUGGAGCAGCCUGCACACAGCAAGGAUGAGCUACCCCAGAGCCAUACCCUCCUGUGGGAGACUCUGGGCAAACAGUUUGUAGAAUAUGAGCAAGUGGCUCCAUUUCUCAUCCCAGAGGAGCAACAGAGAAGGCUGCUAGAAUUUCUUCCUCUCUUCUUAAAGGCCUGGGAACAGUCUGCUGGAGUAAUCGUAUUCCCCAACAUUCAGCUGUUAGCCAGUGAGGUUUCCAAGCUUCUGACUAAAGAAAUUAAGAGAAACCUUAAUGGGAAACCUGCAGAAGAAGCUCGUCUGGCUUUGGAGCAAUUGCUGAAGCAGAAAGGGGAAGCAGGAGAUGGCCAUUUGCUCCUGAAAUCAGUGUAUCUGCUCUCACAGACUGACUUGAGGACUAUGUGGAACAUUAUUGGAUCUGGACUCCCAGCUGCUCUGAUGCAGUGCCUGUACCUUUUCUUUACUGUCCCUCUGAAGAAAACCAGUGAUGACAGGGAGACAAGUGAGGAUGAUGUCCAAACUCAGGAAAUGCUUGUUAAGAUAAUGCUUAACAUGUACAAAGAGGAACAAGGCAUAGAGGAACUUCUGGCAGCUGAUAAGCUUCAGUCAUUAAUUAUAGCAACUUCUUCUCUGUGGGACCAGUGCAGCCACUCAUGGAAAGUACCUACAGGCUGUGUGCUAAGAACAAUUUCAAAGGCUCAGACAAAAAACAGCAUUGUGUAUCUACAAGCUGUUGACUGCAUUAAAAUAGCUGUUCAGAAUCUCUUUACACUGGCUGACACUCUACCUGCUUGUGAUGUGUGUGAAGCUGCCAGCAUUGUGUUGUGCUUUGUGAAAGAUUCUUAUCCUGUAUCAUCAGCUUUACUAAGAGAGUUUGAAAAUAAUGAUGGCUACCAACUCCUGCUAAAAAUUUUACUCAGAUGUGAGGGUUUGCAGCAAAAUGAAGGAGACCCCUAUCUGGAUGAGAUCUUGGAUAUGCUGACUUGCCUUACAACCUGUGGAAAAACUGAACUGAAAGUUUCUGGCAAUAUUGUGCACCCACAACUGCCACACUUUGAUUUUGAACGGACACAGUCUUCUGGAAUGACAGUGAAAAACCUCCAGCCUUUCCAGGUGCUGCAAUCCAUUUUCCAGAGAAGUAAUGAUCAGCACCUGUGUGAAAGAAUCUUGUCAGCAAUUGGUACCAUAUGGGCUUGGGACAGAGUGAAUUUCUUUCUACUGGAAUGGACGCUGCAACCUAUCAACCAAUUCACUGACAUCAUUCAUUUCAAACCACACCCAGUCCAAGUCCAGUUCUUCAGACUGGUGGAGUCCAUAGUCCUGGACCUGUCCUAUGUUCCCCAUGAGAUUCUGAAGAAGGUUCAGUAUUUGAUAAAGGAAAACACAGUGCCAUUCUGCACCUUAACAGCUCUCCAGUGCCUUCUCAGCAUGACCCAGAAGGACCUGUUAUUUAGUGACAUUUUCCGUGACUCUGGGCUCUUAGGCCUACUGCUGGCACUUUUGAGGAAGGAGGCCAAGAUCUUGAGGAAAUCAGCUGGAACUCAUCUGCCUAACCCAAAAGAAGGCACUGAGAAGGAAUUAAUUGUUGUGAUGCUGAAAAUGGUGGCUGCCCUUACAGCAAGGUCUGUGAGGAACACGGUUGUUCUGAAGGACUAUGGAAUGGUGCCAUAUAUCAAGAUAUUUUUGGAUGAUGAGUCCUACAGGAGUGCUACUCUCAGCAUCUUGGAGCAGUUAUCAGUCAUCAACUAUGAAGAAUAUAUGAGCAUUAUUAUUGGGGCCCUGUGUUCUUCCACUCAGUGGGAACUGCACCUGAAACUAGAUCUUCUGAAGUCACUCUUGAGGAUACUGGAGAGUCCCAAGAGCCAUUCAGCUUUCAGAACCUGCAGUGGAUUCAAUGGGCUCCUGUCCCUCCUCUCAGACAUGGAAGGUGCACUGCAGGACCCUCCGUCUGGGCAGUGGGCAGCAGUUGGACAGAAUUCCAUCUUGGAGCUGGUUUUCUAUGCUCUUCAGGGGAUAACUGCAGCCCUGCACCUAGACCCUGUCAACAGCACCUUCUUCCAGAGGAAUGGUCUCUUUGAAAAGAUGGCAGAGGAUCUUGGAUCACUUGGAUGCUUCUGGUCAGAGGGGAAAAGGCAAAUUUCUGUGCGCCUUGAGAAGACAAGGACAUUUGCAGAAUUCUUGGACGCAGCAUUCUGUUCUUCAGAACCUCUCCCAGAAUGGCUAAAAAACUGCAUUUGGAUUCUGAGUUUUCUUGAUCAUAUGGUCAAAGGAACCCUCCAUCAGGAAAGCUACUUUAAGGAGAAGAAGCCAGAGAUGGGAGAAAAAGCAAGAGAUGAUCAGGAGGCACUCCAAGCUCAAGAAGAGCAUCCUGUUGCUUUCAAAAGACCAGGCAACAAAUUACCUGCCUCUGCCUAUAUGCUAUGGGGACACCCUGAAGAAAAGUUGGAAAUGAGAGACUGCACCAUUGUACAUCCAGGUGCUGUCUGUGUCAUGGUGAGGUUGUUGCCAAAGCUGUACAAAGAAGGAUAUGCUCAGCUUUCCCAGGAAAUCCAAUGUGCUCUGGUUGAUCAUAUCCAGUCCUUGGUGAAGUCAGAGAAGAGUCGUCAGGUGAUGUGUGAAUCUGGCCUGCUGAGCACAGUCUUAACCUCCUGUCAAGAUGCUUUCUGCAGUGACAGUCACCCCCUGCACCUGCCCCUCACUAGGGUGUUUGAGAAGCUUGCAUCACAGGCUGUGGAGCCACAUGUGUUAAGGCAAUUUUUGUGGCUGGGAGGCUCUCCAUUAGUACCUUCUAGGCCCAGCACAAACAAGACCAAGGUCCUUUCCUGUCAGGGGAGUGAUUCAGCUAAUGCAGGUUCAGAAGAGAGUGUAGUGGGCAGUAAAUCUGAUCCUCAGACCGUUGUGCCUGUCAGGAACUCUUCUUGGCUGUCCAAGGGAUCUGCACUGGCACUCCAGACUGCCAUGAGUCUCAUCUCCAUGACAUCCCCUCGGAACUUCCAGCUGCACAGCACUGCUUUAGCUCCAUCGUUUGUGGAGUUUGACAUGUCCAUGGAAGGCUAUGGGUGUUUAUACCUCCCUACCUUGGCCACUGUCAUGGGAUCCAGUGCAGACCAAUCUGUCUCAGGAGGAACUGGCAUGGGCAGCAGAAUGUUCCCUCCUUCAAGUGGCCUGACCCUGUCCUGCUGGUUCCUGGUUAGCAAGUUUGGUUUGGUGCACAGCAGCCACCCACUCCGCUUCCUUACCAUUGUGAGGCACAUGUCAAGAGCAGAGCAAGAAUUUGUUUGCUUUUCUGUAAGCUUCUUGCCACAGGAUCUUUCUUUGGUCAUUUCUACAGAAGAAGUGGAAUUUCAGCCGCUUGAUAUGAUGGAACCUGAGGCUGAGGUCCUAAAUCCCUCCCCAUUUCCAAGGCAAGUCAAGUUUGGCUGUGGUAAACUUCUGGUCACUGGCCAGUGGCAUCAUCUCACAGUGACAGUUGCUAAGGAAGCAAAGAAGAACUGCAUUGUGUCAGCUUAUAUAAAUGGUCAGAUGCUUGGCUCUGCAAAGAUGCAGUAUCUGCAGCCUUUACCAGGAAGCUGCAUUUCCAUGGAGCCCUCUUCCUUUAUUGAUGUCUAUGGGUACAUAGCUACUCCUCGGAUUUGGAGGCAGAAGUCCUCCUUGACCUGGCGCCUUGGUCCUACAUACUUCUUUGAAGAAGCCAUUUCUGUGGAAACCAUAGAAGUUAUUAUUAAGCUUGGCCCUCAGUAUUGUAGUAACUUCCAAGCAGUACAACUUCAAGGUGAGGACCAGUGCAAUGAUUGUAUCAUGGCACCUCUGGUGGCAGAAGAUAAGAUUUCUUUUGGAAUCAAUGCUGUGUGCUCAUCUCUCACUACAGUUCAAGACAUAAAGAGCUCUUACAAUGAAGUUGAUGGUCGGCUGAUUGCCAAAGAGAUUGGGAUUAAUUCUCGGGACAGUUCAACUCCCAUGUUCCUAGCUAAGAACAUUGCUGGACACCUCUCAGGCUCCUCGAGGACCAUUGGGUCAGUUGCUGUGGGCCAAUAUGGGGUAAGAGUGUUCCAGUCCUCCCCAGCAGCCACCAGCCUGAACUUUAUUGGAGGCCCUGCCAUUCUCCUGGGUCUCAUUGCUAAGGCCCGCGAUGACCACACCAUGUAUGCAGCUGUCAAAGUCCUGAACUCCAUCCUCAACAGCAGCCCCUUGAGUGGAAAACUGAUGAGGCACAUCCAUGGAUACCAGUUGCUGUGCUACCUAUUGAAGAAGAAAACUCAGCUGCUAAACAACAGGAUUUUACAGUUAAUAUUCUCCCUAGUGGGCACAGCUGAGCUGGGCUUAGAGUCUCCUGUCAUCAAGAAUUAUAGUGCAUUCCAGUAUGUUCUCUGCAACUUUGAGCUUUGGAUGAAAGCACCAGAAAAUCUAGACCUUGUUCUUCUUUCCCAUCUUGUGGAGAUCUUGCAGUCCUCCAGAGAUGCCUGUCAGAAUAUUGCAAUUGCCUACCAGGUGCAAAUGGUGCCCAAGCUUGUUUUCCUUUUCAAUGAUCCUGAAAUCAGCAGCUCCAAGAUCACUGUGGCCUGCACUAUCCUGUCCCAUCUCUUGCUAGGAUACUUUAAUACCAGGGAUGUUCUCAGGAUUGGAUUGUUCCUUGUUUACACCUUGAAACCUUCUUCUGUGGAUGAAAAUCAGAUUUACUUGGAUAGUGUGGCUGAGAGGCCCACUGAAGCCCUAAACCAAACAUCUGGAAAGACAAUCUGUCUUCGAAACCAGCUGCUGAAGAUGCUGUUAGAUGUAAUACGCUCAGACAAACUUCAGCUGUCCUCUGAGGAAAAAGAGAAGACAUUUUUGGCACUGGGGCCAGACUGGUUUCUGCUGUUCACGCAGAGCUACCUGCACUUCAGCACAGUUGUCCUGGGAAUCAAAUUGCUUCUGUGCUUCCUCCACAAUCGUCUGCUGCUGAACAAAUUCAAGGAGGGGAUAGUGGCUGGGCGUUGGCUGGAAAACAGCUCUGCAGGGUUGAACAUUCUAAUGGAUAAUUUAAAAAGUCAUCCUCCAGUGCCUGACAAUGGCUACUUCUUGAUUUUUGGAUUUUCUGUAUUGCAAAGAUGUCUGACUGAUCAUGUUCACAUCCCUGAGAUCUACUUGGUUGUGGCAGAGCUCUUUCUGGCAACUCCACAGUCUGAACCACCUGAAGCAGUCAAGAAAGAUCUUGAGUCUAUGUUGCAGUGGAUCUUGCAGCACCAUCAUAGAGAGAAUGUCCUCAGAUUUGGGUUGUGUGCAGAGGCAGCUGUGUUACUGCUGGAAAUGGUUAGAUUCACUGUGGACAAGCCUGUUGCAGAUGCAGAAGCCUCCUGGGCCAUUGCCUAUCCGGGAAAUGUUAUUGAGUUUCUGUGCUUGAUCUAUCACAGUUAUACACAGGACCCCGUGUGGCACUGUGCUGACUUCUUGAAAACUUUGGCUAUGAUUGCUUUUCAUUCAGAACCACCCAAGGGUGGGUCUGAAGGCCUUCUGACUCCUGAUGGUCCAGCCAUUGCUGAAGGGAAAGGUUGUGCUGAUCCCUCCUCUCUCCCACUCCUACCACACCCUGCCAAGAAACAAGUGUGGGAUUUUGUGCGAGUCCUCCUGAUGGACAGUCUUCUCAACAUCCCAGCAAGCAAACAAGGACAUCCCCUUGAGCUGCUUCUUGAGGCUUCUCCAGAAGAUGCCACCAGUCAGCAGAGGAGACUUUUUCAGACAAAAGUUCUGCUGUCUGCUAUGGAUGUCUUUCAGGUUACCAGCCAAGGCGAGGGGAAAAUGAGACCAAGAGCAAACACUGAUCCUCAUGGCACUUCAGAAUCAGCUGCACCCCUAUCCAUGAUGAAUAUUGCUUAUUUUGUUCAGAAGCUGGUUGAGAAACUGAACAGCAGAAUGUUUGUGGCUGACCCCAAGCAAAUCCUGAUCUUUAUUGUCAAACAGAUUAUGUGUGUCUUAGAAAGCUCUGUUUCUCAAAAGGAAGUUUUCCUCAGUGCCCUGUACAGCUGCUUAAACAGAGCCAUUCUAUACUGCUUAUCCAGACCUCAACAAUCACUGCCUGAACAGUUUAAUGUCCUGAAUACUCUCAUUGUUCUGCAAGAGCAGUGGGACAUGAUUUUUGCUACUUACAACUCAAAUAGUAAUUUUGUCACCUGCCUGAUGUACUGCCUUUUCCAGCUGAACUCGGGCAGCUGUUCAGAAGGUUUUGGGGUGGAUGCAAAACCAAAGCUGGCUUCUUAUCACCAAAUUUUCCUUGCACCUAGUGAAGAGGAAAAGGGCAGCCUGCCUACACCAGAUGAUGUCCGCCAGGAGAUUCUGAGAACAGUAGAAAUCAUCUGGAAGCAGCUCAUUUCUCAGAGGCGGCAGGCUCUGGAGGACAUUUACAAGAUGGAUCUUUCUGUAAAAGGAAAUGACAAAGAAAGGGACAUGAAGAUAACAGAGAUCACUCCUUUAUGGGAAGAAAUUAUGACAAAAGCUUGGCAGCACUUGCUAGUAUCUGAAAAGAAGCUUCUCCAGAAUAAAGCAGGGCCAAGCCUGUCCCAGAGCAAGCACAAUUCCUGGAGUGAAAGCCUCUCUUCAGCUAUUAGGUUCAUACCUGGCCGAAACACAAAGGAAACCUCAUGCAAAUCAGAGGGAUUUGUGUCAUGUAUGGAACGGUACCGAAGAGUUGGGCAGGAGCUCUAUGCUUCUCUGUACAAGGACCACGUACAGAUGCAGCAGUGUGCUUACAGCAAAGCAGCCAAGGACUGGAUGAUGCUCGAGGAUCAGCUUUUCUACAGAGGGGGCCCGUGGAGAGAUGCUUCACCAUCAUCAGAGCCACGAUGGAUUCUUGAUUGUUACGAGGGGCCCUCACGAAUGAGGAGGAGGAUUCAGCACGUGAACACCCAAGUGGCAACGAUGCAAAGGAAGAGUGAGGUUCUCCUAGGAAACAGAAGGGAAACAACUUCCCCUACUGAAGUGAAUCCAGGAGAGCUGAUGUUAAAUGGAGCAGAGAGGGAGAUGGAUCAGAAGGGAUUGGAUUGUAACCAGCUAACAUUCUUCCCAGCUCUACAUGAAAGUUUCCAUUCAGAAGACUUCUUGGAACUAUGUGUGGAGAGACAAAUUAUAUUGCAGGAGUUUGCAGAGAGUGAAAAGGUGACGUUCAAGUGCUCCGUGGCAGUUGUGCAGGGUCAUACAGCACUGGAAGGGGUGCUACUCUUUGGCCAAGAGCACUUUUACAUCUGUGAGUGCUUUGUGUUAUCCCUUCAGGAGGAAGUCUAUUGUACUCGUCACUGCUUAUCCAGAAUCAGUGAUCCUUUUAUUUUCAACUUAUGUCAUAAAGAUCAUGCAGUGGGAGACCAGACGUGUUCCCGUUAUUCGUACCAUGAUAUCAAAGAGAUCCAUCUAAUGCGCUUUCUCCUGCAGGAGAUUGCCUUGGAAAUAUUCUUCAAAAAUGGCUACUCCAGAUUUCUUGUCUUCCAUGACAGUGACCGAAAUAAGAUAUUUAAAAGAUUCUGUUCUUUCCAACCUGCUUUGAAGUCGAAGGGGAUAACAGAAGAAUCCCUAAAUAUAAGGAAGCACUCAGGAGGGGAAAAGACAAUGCUCCAAAAGUGGCAGAAGAGGGAGAUCAGCAACUUUGAUUACCUCAUGUACCUGAACACUCUGGCUGGCCGCAGCUACAAUGAUUACAUGCAGUAUCCUGUGUUUCCAUGGGUCCUUGCUGACUACCACUCUGAGACUCUAAACCUCACUGAUCCUCACACAUUUCGAGACCUGUCAAAGCCCAUGGGAGCACAGACUGUGGAGAGGAAACAAAAGUUCAUCCAGCGCUUCAAUGAAGUGGAAAAAAGUGAGGGAGACCUGUCAGCUCAGUGCCAUUACUGUACUCACUACUCAUCAGCAAUUAUAGUGGCAUCUUACCUGGUCCGAAUGGAGCCGUUUACCCAGACCUUCUGUUCUCUGCAGGGUGGGAGUUUUGAUGUUGCAGACCGGAUGUUUCACAGCGUCAAGAGCACGUGGGAAUCAGCAUCAAGGGACAACAUGAGUGACGUCAGGGAGCUCACCCCUGAGUUCUUUUACUUGCCAGAGUUUCUAACCAAUGCAAAUCACUUUGAACUUGGCUGCAUGCAGGAUGGAACAGUGCUGGGAGAUGUGCAGCUUCCUCCUUGGGCAGAUGGGGACCCCCAUAAAUUCAUUUUUCUGCACAGACAGGCACUGGAAAGUGACUAUGUCAGUGCCCACCUUCAUCGCUGGAUAGACCUCAUUUUUGGCCACAAGCAGCAUGGCUCAGCUGCAGUGGAGGCAGUUAACACCUAUCACCCUUACUUCUAUGGAGACAAGAUGGACCUCAACAACAUUAAAGAUCCUCUGAUUAAGGGCACUAUCCUGGGAUUUAUCAGCAACUUUGGACAGAUACCAAAGCAGCUCUUCACGAAACCACAUCCAUCUCGGAAUGCUCAAGGGAAAGGUUCAGCAGGAAGAGAGACUGGGCUGUUCCUUCACUCAAGUGGAAUUCUUCCUCCUUUUGUGAGCAGUCUGCAAAACCUGAAGCUCUCACCAGUUACCAUAAAAGACUAUCCCAAGGGAGCUAUUGGGCACAUUGUCCAUACAGAGAAAGGCAUUCUGGCUGUUGAAAAAAAUAAAAUUUUGAUUCCUCCUCUUUGGAGUAAAACAUUCUGCUGGGGAUUUGAGGACUUCACCUGCUGCUUUGGCACCCAUGGAUCUGAGAAGAAUGUGACUACAUUUGAGUGCAUGGCAGACUGGGGAAAGUGCCUCUGUGCAGUGUGUCCUUCAGCAACUACCAUCAUCACAUCUGGAACAAGCUCAGUUGUGUGUGUCUGGGAAUUCUCCCUGGUCAAGGACAAAGUGAAAUGUCUAAACCUGAGACAGGCUUUGUAUGGACACACUCAGGCAGUGACCUGCCUUGCUGCAUCUGUAACCUACAGCAUCUUUGUGAGUGGAUCUGAUGACAGAACGUGCAUCAUCUGGGACCUGAACCAGCUGACGUUCAUAAACCAGCUUCCUGCCCACCAGGAAAGCCUCCGUUCUGUUGCCAUCAACAAUUCAACAGGUGACAUUGUCUCUUGUGCGGGAUCUUACCUGUACCUGUGGACAGUCAAUGGCCAGCUCCUCGCAAGCACCAGCACUGCCUGCAGCCCCAGCUGCCACAUCGUUUGCUGCUGCUUUGCUGAAGUGAUGGACUGGGACACACGCAGCAUCAUCAUCACAGGAAGCACAGAUGGAGUGGUGAGGCUGUGGAGGAUGAAAUACAGCACUACCCCAGAGCAAGGUGCUGGGCUGAGGGCGCAGAGCAGCGUGAUGGAAGAGCCAGGUGGCACAGGUAACAAGUGUGGAAAACAUCUUGUUCUCUGUCGGGAGCUGAACCCCAGCGUUGCCCUGACUGGCAAGGCGAGCAGGACGAGCCCGGCGGUGACGGCGCUGGCCGUGUCCAGAAAUUCCUCCAAGCUCCUAGUUGGUGAUGACUGGGGAAGACUCUACUGCUGGUCUGUGGAGGGGUAGGAAGAAACAGUCAAGAUUUCUUGGUUUUUCAACCCUUUGGUUGGAGAGAAAAUUUAUCCUUCAGAGCAUGGGAGAAGCAGAGAAACUGGAAGCCUCUGACUGGAGACUGAAUCUUAAGGGAGUUGUUGGACUGACCCUGCAGUCAAGCAUAAUUUAAAUUAGACACUGGACCCCAAAGUUGUGAGAGAAACUGACACAUAUGAACAUAGACAUGAGAUUUUUGUAGUAUUUGUCUUGGGAAAACUUUUGUAUUUAAAAUGUUAUUUUAGAUACUGAAUUUGACAUAAUACAUUGUAUUUCACAAAUAUUAUUUAGCAAAUAAAACUGCCUUGAUUAUGCCAAAGAGCAGUGCAGCUUAAUGAUAACAUAUUGCAUUUUUAAUAUCAUGACAUAAAAAAACUCGGGCUUCAAAUAGGUAAAUGGGUAUGUCCCAAUAUUUUUGUUCUUUACUGACAUGCAAGUAUAUUAUUAUCUCCAUUCUUACUCUUCCCUUCUCCCUGAAUUUGCAUUAAAAUAUAUGCAUGCCUUUUGAAAAGCUA